GCUGUGCUAUGUUUAAAAUGUUGGUUGCGUGUGUAUUCUGAGUGUCUGUCUGUACUAUGAAACGGCCUAUCCCGAAAUCGGGUGUGACAUAAAAAGAUGCGAAUCGUAAAUAAGGACUGGUCAUUAUGUUUAAUUUUACAUUACAUUAUUCUGACAUCAGACGUAACUGGAGAUUUUUUUAUUAUUCGAGAAUAUAAAGUUAUUUUAUUUUGUGUUAAUAGAUUCUGCAAAUUAACCGGAAUUAAAAUUCGUAUUGCACGAAUUACAGUAUUACCUACAGACUUUUGAAUUUAAAUUAAUAUUUAUGAACAGUGAUAUGAAGUGUUUAUGGACCACGUCAAGAAUAUAGAAAGAGUCAACCAGCAAUGAAGUUCAGUGUUUGAAUCUUUGGAAUUCUAGUAUGGACUGUGCUGAAAUGUCUUUAUUAUCGUGUUUCCCCUAAUGGUACGGCAGAAAUGGUGGGUAGCAGUGAAGAGGGCGAACCUACAGCCACUGUGGAAGAAGAGUCCAUGGACGACCCGCUGUCAAUGGGACCACCGUCACGUGACCCGCUUCUGGCGACCCGUGUCCCACCUGAACUCGAACUCAGAGACCCUGGUUCCGGCGUCUGGACACGACAACUCGUUUCCCGAGGAACCCGGCUCGGCACGUUUAUCGGCUUGUGGGUAUCGGAGCCAGAGGACCCGCGGUACGCCUUGGAGGUCAGAGUCAGGGGAACUGGGAACCGGGGUUUCCUAGACGCGACCACCGAGGACAGUAAUUGGUUGAAGUACGUCCGGUGUACGAAUCAAACUGAGGCUCAGAAUGUAUGCAUCUUGCUAUUGGAUGACCAGGUAUUCUUCGAUACGUCAAGCGAUGUGGGAGCGGGGGAGGAGCUGUUGGUGGGUCCCCGGGUGCCCCUGUACCUGGAAAGGUACGGCGAUUCGCCCAACACUUCUGAGGACCACAGCGACAGAGAAACUGAGUCUCAACACUCGGGGACCGUCGACGAAGAACGAGACGAGGGUGACGAUGAAGCUUAUGACACCCGUUGCACCGUCUGCAACAAGGAGUACCCUGACACAGACCAGCUGAACGAGCACCUGGUAACGAACCACUACUACAGGGCCGACCAGUACAAGUGCGACCUGUGUCCACGAGCCUUUCCUUGGAGGCCCAGUCUUAAUCGACAUCGAGCGGUCAACCACGGGGAAAUCCGAAAAUAUCCCUGUGAGAACUGCAGCAGCGUGUUCACCGACCCAAGCAACCUACAGCGCCAUAUUCGAAAGCAUCACGUGGGGGCCCGUUCGCACGCCUGUGCCCAAUGCGGCAAGACGUUCGGCACGUCUUCAGGGCUCAAACAGCAUACACACAUUCAUUCGAGUGUGAAGCCGUUCCAGUGUGAAGUGUGCUUCAAGGCCUACACGCAGUUUUCGAACCUGUGCCGCCACAAGCGGAUGCACGCAGAUUGCCGUAUGCAUAUCAAGUGCAUCAAGUGUCGACAGUCCUUCAGUACUCUGACGUCACUCUCAAAGCACAAACGUUUCUGUGACUCUACUAAGUCAUCUCCAGGAGGAAGAGGCGGUGCACCGCCCCAACCACAGCACCACCCAGUCCUGCCCCCCAAUACCAUGACCCAUCUUCCGCAUCCUCACCCUCAGCCUGCAAACAGCACCAACCCCUUCCUGAUGUAUUCUCGGCCACCAGCUGAUCUUUCGUUUUACCCACAAACUCUUAUCAGCCCUUACCCCCCAAUCUACCCCCAUGCUUCACCCCACUCACCUCAUUCAUUCCAUAGUAACCCAUUAUUCUUCUCAACUGGACAUCAUACCAGACUUCUGGAGGAUGAUAACAAGUCCCAACACAACAUGUUGCUUAGCGCAGAUUGUCAGCUUCACCUUCAACUACGUAACAGCAAUGAACGAAAUCAGACGUCGCCUUACGAGAGGAACAACACAGAAAUCUUGAAGAAUGGACCACAUCUGUCACCACCUCAACUUGCAUCAGGUUCUAACAAAGUGCCACCACCCUCAGCUGAUGAAGCUCUGACACACUUCCGACCGUCACCCUUGAGUGCAAGUGGAGGCUCGACGUACCCAAACCCCAGAGAAUCUCUUCCUACAGCCAGAGAAUACCCAAUACCCGAAGAUGAAGAUAAUGAACAAGGAAGUUUACCAAGAGACUUGUCUGCAGGAAGUGAUGCUCGCACACCAUCUCAGGAAAGAGACAGAUUUGGUGAAAAGGAAGAGAAAAGACCAGGAUCUGCAGGCAGUGCUAAUAAAUCUGAAGGCGAGGAACCACUGGAUCUCAGAGUGGAUUGCAAACGAAAGCGUGAGGAGAGCAAUGACAAGGAGGUUAGUGUUAAACGCGGUCGAUUUGUGUGUGUGACUCCUGCAAGGCAGAAUGACAACAAAUCAAAGGACGAUGUCGGAAGUUCAGGAAAACGGCUGGCACCUUCUCCAGCUAGACAUGACUCCCCACAAGGAGCCCAGCUACCUCCUCCACCACCACACCCAUUAUCAACACAGCUGUCAGAGAAAGUCCCAUCUUCACUUGCUGUGACCAUUUCACAUACCAUGGCCUAUCCGCGUCCAAUUCACCCCAUGUUCCUUGAGGCCAUGUACCGACCUUCUUAUCCAAGUUUCCCACCUCCACCUGGUCCAGGCCAUCAUGAACGUCUUUUACCCCCUCCACCCCCUUUUGGAAGAUAUCCUUUUCUUGGGUCAUUGGUUAAUGGUCAUAUUGGGAACAGACAACCUUUUGACCUACUCAGAGCACCAUUAUCAAGUUUUGGUUCCAGUAAACCUUAUGAAGAUGUUUUAAGUCCGCAUCACGCUGGUAUCAGUGGUGGUGGUGGUGGAGGUGCUGGCAACAGCAGUGGCAAACUUAAGGACCGAUAUUCGUGCAAAUAUUGUGGCAAAGUGUUUCCCAGGUCUGCCAACCUCACGCGUCACCUGCGUACGCACACCGGGGAACAACCGUACAAGUGCAAAUACUGCGAGCGGUCCUUCAGCAUCUCGUCCAACCUGCAGCGUCACGUCCGUAACAUUCAUAACAAGGAGAAGCCAUUCAAGUGUCCACUGUGUGAGAGAUGCUUUGGCCAGCAGACAAACCUGGACCGACACCUCAAGAAGCACGAGGCAGAUGACGGCAGUGGAGUGGUAUCUGUAGCGGACAGUCCAGGAAGCAGCAAUGAGAAUGAGCGUGAGGAUUCGUGGUGCGAUGAAAUACGAAGUUUUAUGGGAAAAGUGACCAACAGUGUUACUGAAGAUCACCUGAGCAAUAACCUUAUAAGUCUUCAGACGCAUCUGUACAGUACUCCUCAUAUGUCCUUCCCCCCUGUGAAUGCUGUGGUGCCGAAGGAAGAUGAGGAUUCUGAAGGCCUAUCAGAAGAAGUGGCAUCUCCUCCAAGGCACCAGGAAGACAGACUGAAGCUUCCUCCCUCUCAGAACUCUCUCAUAGCCAUGGAAGUCAGCCAGUCACCGGUCUCUUACGAAGUGAAAGUGAAGACUGAGAACCCAAUAAAAGAAGAGCCUGCGACCACCAACAAUAAUUGCAAUGAACAAGAGACCAUAGAAGUCUCCACCUAGCGAUAAGACACUUGAACAAAAAUGUUGGUGCAGUCGGACAGAAACAAUUUACGAAGUUCAAGUACAUAUUUUGCAUAUCACAAAAAGAAACAUAUUUACUGGACCAAACCAGUCAGUGUUCCAGUUAAUUUAAGUUUAUGAAAAUUAAAAUUGGAUUGAUUCUGAUCUGGUUGCACCAACUACCAAUCUGCUACAGUCAGUUUACGCUGUCAUCUCAAUCAAAUAGUUCCUAGAUUUAAAACAGAGGAAGGACUCUUGGAAUCUGUUAAAAAAUAUUAAAUUUAUAUACAAACUUUGAACAUAUGACAGGGUUACAUGGCAAAAUCAUAUUGGCUGCUAUGCUCAGAGCCUACGUGUGAAUGAAAGCUAAUCUACAAAUAUAAGGUGUAAACAGGAAGUGACAAGUCUGUUUCAGAAAAUUAAUUAAUUACAAAGACAAAAAUCCCCGUAUCUUAUCACAUAAAAUGUGUACAAAUGUGUUAUGUAUAUACAUAUAGUGGUUCGAGUGUAUUAAAAACAAAUGAUAGUCACUAAUAUAGCCGAAGGUAAAUAUUCCCUAAAUGUACAAAUCGUGGAAAGUGAAAGAAAUUUGUGUUGUAUGAGGGAUUACGCAUUGAAAAAAAUAAUGUCGUCAAUACUGUGACAAAAGAGUACAUAUUAAUACAGGCAAUGGAUAAAUUCGCACAAUGUUGUAUUGUAAGAUUUCAUGUAGGUUAAAAUUCCCUUAUUGUACAAUGUACAUUUCUGAUUUACCUAAGAGCACAAAAUAUCAUCUUUAACACAUUUAAUGUGUUCAUUCUAAAAUAAGCUUAAUAUUUAACAAAUCUAAUAAAUUAAAUGGAAGAAUAGAUGAAGUAGUUUCAACAAAAUAAGAAUAAUUUCACUACAGGCAAAGUUGUUCUUUAUCCUAUUGACAAUUACGUACAUCAGAACUACAGUUAUACUCGUGGAUAUUUUGCAUCCUUGUAUGUUUUACAAUAAUUUGCCAAAGAUUUUAUAUUAUUGUUUGCAACUUUGUCUUCAAGGCAAUAAGUUUCUUGCACUGAGCUGCUAUUCAUUUAAAUCAAAGCAUAAUUUGCCUACUUUACAUAUAAUCAAUUUUCUGUUAAUUUGUUCUCCUUUUCGCUUCGUUCGUUCAAAUAAACCUCCAAUUGGAUUUGUAUAUCCUCUGAUUACGAUUAUGGCAUUUCAUGACUUUUUCCUUUCUUAAUUCAUCGUUUAAUGGACAAUAUCAAAACUUUUGCCCUAAUAAUUUCGUCGUCUCAAAACCCGCUAAAAUAGAUUAACCAGUUUUAAAUAUGUGCAAAUAUGAUCUUCGGAUUGUAAGUAAGUUACAAGUUUUUCAUUUUAAUAUAAGAAUUCGACCAUAAAACUCACUUUAAUAAAUUAUUUGUUUAAUCAAUAAGAUCUAAUUUCUUUCCGAUCUUCAGUUAGAGAAACAAUCAGUCAUACCGAACUUGAGGACAAUACACAUUCCAGCCAUGAACUGUCAUGACAGAACAGUCCUGCAUUUUAAUUUGAAACUGCAAAGAAUUUGUGCUCUUUUUCAAUUCGUGAAUAGUGUACGCUAAUAAGACAUCAAACCAGGUGCUGUUUACAGAGCAAAUUAAAACAUCGUGCAAGGCCACUUAAUGUUUUCGUGAACCUGUCUUAAAGAGCUUUCUGUUUAAAGAGUUUCAUUUCCAUUUCACAUGCCUCACAUUCACAGGCUUGCUUCCUUCGAUACAAGAACAAUGGUGAUAUUUAUCAUUUAAAAAUAACACAGUAAGAUUUUUUCAAAUAUUUAAUUAUAUACAUUUUACCAUCUUUAAUAUUUGCCAAGAUAUGUAUCAAACGCACAAAUAUUACUACUUUGAAAAGCUCACUGGAGAAGUCUGUUAAGACUGAAAAUUCAUAUUUUAUUACGUAUUAAGUGCAUUAUGGUAUCUUAAUACGAACCACUACUCAAGACAGCAGGGUACUUUAAUAAUACAUCCAUUAUAAUUUACGGUUCAGAACAGUGGCAUUACAGUUAAUAAAAUUUAAAUUUUUGUUUGUAGAGAAAUAAUUCGCUCAUUAAAUAAGCUAAAUUAAGUAAAUUUAAAACAGCAAAUUUUUAUCAUUUUAAUAUCUAAUGUGGUUAACAAAGAAUAAGCUUUACACGUACUUAGAAAGGACAUAAAUUUUAUUGAUGAAAACUUAAUGAUUAUUUAGAGAUCAUUCAGUUUAAGUGGUGAUAAUGAUAAUGAUAAUGUUAAUCUUCCCUCAUUUAUCUACGAAAAAAAUAUCAUGAUCACAUGUAUGUGUGUGGAUGAGUUGUGUCACAAAUAUUAAGUGCACACCAUAAGCACAAAUGUUUGUCACUGACCGCAUUAUCAGUCUUUCAUUUUCUCGCUUCUCUAGAACAAAUCUCAUCUCGGACCAUUUCGUAUUUUCAGUGUACCAUUUAUCAUCUUAAAAAUUAAUAACUAUAUAUUGUUUAAAUCUUGUCCGUCUAAU